AUGUCACUCUGGUCAGCUGCUCACACUGCAGACAAACCAAAACCCCCAUGGGGAAAAGCAGAGUUCCUGCAACACAUGGGGAAAUGUGAAAUGAGAUGGAAAGCGCCCAAAGGCGACGGAGGAAAGCAGGUGACUCACUUCAUCAUGGAGAGGAAGAUGGCUGGAGGAAAAUUGUGGAUCGAAGUAGGGGUGGUGGAGAGCAACUAUACCACAUUUGCCAUGGAAAAGGUGAAGGAAGGGAAGUACGUAUUCAGAAUACGUACCAUCAACUCUGAGGGCCUCAUUGAGCCCCUCAAAACAGAAGAAACUUUUUCUGGAGAAUCUAUUAAGCCUCUGAGACAGGUGUCUCAGCCUCAAGUUGUAGAUGUCAGGAAAGAAUCUGUCACCAUCACCUGGAACUCCCCAGCCCUGGAUGGAGGCUCCCCAGUGAAAGGUUACAUCAUAGAAAAAAAGAAGAAGGGCAGCAAUCUUUGUUUCCCCAUCACCAAAGAGCCAGUCCAAGGUCAGAGCAAGGUUACUAUCUAGGAUGGUUUUCUGGAGGAUACAGAUGAGCUGUGUGUGAUAGCUGUGAACUGUGCAGACCCUGGACUUCUCAGCAUGCCCUCCACCUCCUAUUGCAAAGGAAGUCAUCA